CUUUGAUUAAUCUUUGCGAAAAUUCGACUGAUCAUAUUGGUCAAGAAGCCAUUUCUUUAUAUUUUUCAAGGGCUUCUCAAAGUGACGUUAAAGUUGGUCAUAAAUUUUCUGUCAAACAAUUAACUAAAGACGAGGAUAAUAGUAUAAAAUUUAUAACUACAAAAUUAUCUGAAAUUAAAUUGGGCAUGGAGAAUUCUGAAUUAAGAAAAAUUAUAGAAGAAAAAUUCUUGUCAUUACCUACAGAAAUGCAAAAUGAAUUAGGAAGUAGAAUACCGGUUGAGGUUGCAGGUUUCCUUCAGGCAAAUAAAAUAACUACAGUUCAGGAAAUCCCGUAUGGUGAUGAAUUUCUGGAACUUUAUAACCAGUACCCUCGACCUUCUACAAAUUUAUUAAAUUUUCUAAAACAAGCUCUUGAUCGGGAAACGACAGAAACUUUUGUUGAUCCAGAGGUUGGCAAGUGCUACGAUGUUUUUAAAGAUAGUACUAUUGGCUCUUCUGUGUUCCAAAUUGGUGAUUAUGUGAUGUCCCCUUCAGGUUUUAAAGUUCCUCGUGAAGUUCAUAUCUAUAAAAUAAAUGAGACUUUUACUCGAUGCGAGCAGUUUGAAAACAAGCAAGAUUAUAUCCACAAAAGAUUAUUCGAUCUUGGUCUUUCUAUAGACUUACCAUUUGCCAUUGAAGAUUUUAAAUUACGUCAUGGAUAUUCAAUUGGAUCGUCAACAAACAAUUCAAAUCAUGAAACAGAACAAACAUUUUUAAUUGAACACCAUUGUUUUAAGUUUACAUUAAAUAUUGAUAAGCUUAAAUUGUCUCAAGCGUUUAAAGAUGAUAUAGAUAUUCUUCCUCCUAAAUACGACAAAAGUGAUGAAA